AUGGAAGUCGCCGCCAGUUUGAUAGCGAUUGUGGACCUCUCCGUCUCCGUCUCGUCUGCAUGUAUUAAAUACAUCAGAGGAGUAAGCAACGCGGCCAACGAGGCUACGGCACUACAUGAAGAACUAAGCUCUCUCCUACGCAUUAUAUCUCGACUUCAACUUCCCUCGGUGUCAUCGAGCCUGAAGAUAGAACUAGAGUCAGAUAUCAAACUCUGUCACGAUGACCUUUUGGAACUGCAGGCAAAGCUGCAGCCGGCUGAAGGUCUUAGAAGGAUCCGCCAGAUUCUCGUCUGGCCAUUUAAGAAGGAUGGAGAAUUUCAAAAUGCGUCAAUGCGGAUUCAGAGACACUUGAACAUUUUCAAAAAAGCUAUUGCUGUCAGCACACUCGAGAUAACAGCAGAAAUCAAAGCACAGCUCCUCGAACUACGCGAUGCACGCGAGUCUGACUGCGCUCUCAUAUCGGACAGUAUUGGGGUGAUAGAUGCGCAUCUAUGCGACAUCAAGGAAAGAAUGAGCGACGAUCAAAGGAAGGAGCUUACGAAGUGGCUAAAUGCUGUUGACUGUGAGUCGAACUAUCGGGAUAACGUCGCUCUGGCAGUCUCAAACACAGGAUCCUGGUUCUUUCAGGAAACAGGACUUUUUGCGCAGUGGCUGCGAUGCGGUGCAGACUCACCCAGAAAUAUCUUGGUUCAAGGCGAAGCCGGAGCUGGGAAAACAGUACUUAUGUCGACUGCCAUACAGGCCGCUCUGUCAACGGAAUUUCUACUGUCAUCCAAUAUAUACGUUGGGUACUACUACUUCGACUUCAGAAGCUCUCAAAAAUUACUGCCAACCUCUAUGCUUCUGUCCUUGUUACAUCAGCUCAUCACCGACAUGCCGACCUUUCCAGAAGCAAUCGAGAAAUUGCGAAGCAAGUAUCCAACCGCGGAUCUGGUGCCUGUUUCGGAGUUAGUAAGUAUUCUGCAACAGGAGUAUUCCAACUUUGAUUCGGUGUUUCUGUUCAUCGAUGCUCUUGAUGAAUGCGAGAAAGUUGGUCAGUUAUUGAGUGUCCUUAAAAAUUUGACAUGCAACGCUGGGCCUUGGGCAGAUGUACGGUUUAUGUGUUUCAGUCGUGAUGAGAGUGGCAUCAAACAAUCUCUUGAGCCCUCAGGCUUCUCCAUACAACUACUGGAAUAUGCCGCAGUGGUUCAAGAUAUUGAAUUGUUUAUAACAGAGACAAUGCGUAAUGAUACAAACGGCAAGUUCAGAGUCUUUCGCGACUCUCCAGAACGACUUCGAAGCGAUGUGAUAACCACAUUAGUGCAAAAGUCUGGUGGAAUGUUCCGCUGGGUGCAGUGUCAACUUGACGAGAUAUCGCGUUGUCGAACAGCACGGGAGAUACGAGAAGCUAUCAAUAACUUGCCAUUAACCCUUACAGAGACAUAUGAACAGAUGUUUAUGAAAAUGUCCGGUUCUGAUCUCCGCAAAGCCCGACGGAUACUAUCGUGGCUAAUUGGAACGGAUGGAGAAAUGACCGCCAACAUGCUCGUCGAAGCAUUGACUAUUGAUGAGGAUAGGUUGGAGGUUGAUGAGGAGGAUCGUCUGCAAAAUCCGGGUGAAAUUCGCGACAUUUGCAGAAGUCUCGUCAGAGAGUCCGACCACACUCACCAAUUUCGGAGACAUGACUACAAGAUCAUAACUCUUGCACAUUUUAGCGUUGAACAAUAUCUUCUCUCGCCGCAAGCUGGCAAAUUCAGACUCGACUUGAGAGACAUUCACCUUCAGCUUUCCAGAGCUUGUUUGGCGUACAGUACCUCGCCUAUCUGGGAAUCAAUCAAACAAUCAGGUUCUGAGAAUGAUAUUGUUGCUGAAAAUGAUAGGGAUGUGGUCGAGUUCUUGGCUUACACAUGUGGAGACAUAUUUUCCCAUCUCCAAUAUCAAAACGUUGAGUAUGACCUCGUCCAUUAUAUAACCGGCCUGAUUCAACAGGAACACAGGUUGAAGAACCUUGAUCAAAAUUGCGCUCUAGUCAACUAUUGGGCGGAUUAUCGUUCACCAUUCAACCCGGCUUUACACAUCGAUGCCAGAGGUGGACCUUGGGGUAUAUCAAUGACACAGCUUUUGGACGGUCCAUUACGAAUCGGACACACCUCGAGCUUCCUAUCAAAAUCUAUCGUGGCAGGAUUGUAUCCCACGUGCAUUUCGUUGAUCCAAAACACAGUCGGCUUUAGUGGGAUUGAUGAUUAUCAACAGACUCCUUUCGCCUUCAUCGUGGCUACAUGUAGGAUUGACCUUGUACGCCGCUGUAUACUUCAAAACAAAGAAAGCUAUGAAAGGGCUACAAUCAGCAAUAUACCAGAGGUUGAAAAUAUUCUGGAGUCGAUCCUGAAAAGCACCGUCAACGGGCUCUUUACAGCCAUCGUGGCCAAAUGGGUCGAUGGAUGUCACGAGCUUUUUGCAGCAGCUCUUGAAUAUUUCGAUUUAUUUAGUGACCGUCCUUACGGCACUAAAGUAUAUCUCAUCAUGAUACGACUAUGCUCUAUACUUAGCGCUGAGGAGGGACUUGAAGAGUUCCUGGCAUCUCUUUUCUCCCAUGCUUCUAGAAGCGUACGAAUGAACGCCCUGGCAUUCAAACAGCUCAAAGAAGAGACACUCUACGUCUCUGUUUGUAAAGGGAACGCAGAAUGUGUUCGAAAACUGCUUGCCUCUGGAGUUUCCCCAACCGCUAGAAUUAACCGAGCCUCUAAUUUGAGACUUUUACAAGGCCGAUACACAAGCAAUGUGACUUUGGAGGAGGUCAAUAAAUAUUGGCUUAGCCAUCUCGACCCUGCGGUACUCCUAGAUAGGAUUGACACCCACUCCAGAGAUUGGGAGUACGCGGAAGAAGAGCCCAGGAUCAUAUCCACCACUGCGAUGGACAAUACUAGAAUCAGUCGACUUCUUGUCCAAGGAGCACAUGAAGAGUUUCUACAUGACGAAGAUAUUCUCUUACACGCUAUUGGGUCCUGGCUUCCUGUGGUCGACAAACAAGGACAAACUGAGGAUCUUAGAAUCCUGCAAUCUCUUCUGUAUGACUAUCUGCAGCAACCGGAGAACAAAGAAAAGCUCAACUUGGCACUCAACAUUUGGGCGGGCAGAAAGGAAGGCAUCCAGGUGAUAAAACAGCUCAUUGCGAGAGGUGCAGACCCAAACAGCUCACUUCUUGGUGAGAACUAUCGCGAUUUCAGUACGCCUCUCGUGGCGGCUUGUCGAGGAGAAGGCUUUGCAAACGUCGAGGUUUUGUUGGAUGCGGGGGCUGAUCCGAACCUUGAGGCAAAGUCUGGUAUGCUUCCCUCGGUGGUAUUAUUUGAAAACUCUUGGUGCCCCGUGCUAGAUCGGAAGCGGAUAUUUGACCUUCUCAAGCAACACACACCAGCAUUGAAAACAAGUAUCGAGAGGCCAUUAUGUCCGCCGCCUACCUUCAAUAUAUACGGUUAUGGAUCUCGAGAUGGGUCUGUAAUUUCUGCAAUAAUCACAAGCCCCAUGAGGUACCAUAUGCCAGUGGAGUUCAUGAAGUCUCAUGGACUCUUGGACAACCUUGAUAAGUAUCUACCAGGUGAUGAAUAUGGAACUCCGUUGAUUGCUGCUGCCGCAACGGGUAGUGAAUCUGUGGUUGAUCUUCUCAUUCAACAUGGUGCAACCACUAAUACUCCAGGGCAUCCUGAAACCGAGUGGUCACAUCCAGCACUUGCUGCUAUUCUUACCGAACAUUGGGAUUUGGCAUUGAAGUUUCUGGAGGGAUUUGACGUAUCGUCGUACAAAUCCCCCGAAGAAUGGAGAAAAUGGGCAAUGUCGCUCAUGUUUGCUAUUCAAUCGGAUAACCAAGAUGUUGCUCUGAAGUUGAUCGAAGGCGGUGUCGAUGUCAACUUCGUUAUAGACCAGGGAGCUUCGUCCUACCUACUAUAUGACAUCAGAGAGUCUUUCCAUACCGACAUGGAUAAGAUAAAGGCGCUUCUAUCUGAAUCAGGGACCCAGAUGUAUGCCGCAUGUGCUGCUGGGAACCUGACCCUGAUCAACAAGUUACAGCACAUUGGGGCGACCCAAGAACUAGCUCCAGGAGCACCAUUUGGGGACUUUCUGACAGCAGCCUGUGGGUCUGAAAAUGUUGAAGCGGUUGAGAUGUUCCUUCAACAGGUUCACAAUGUUAACAAAUGCAACCCUGGCCGAGAGAAGUGGUGCCCCCUCAUCGCUGCUGUAGAGGUUUCGUAUAGCAGCGGCGCAGACGAGAUUGUGUCGCUCCUUAUGAGAAAGGGAGCUAAAUUCGAUAUGUCAUAUUCGUUUGAGAAUGAAGCCGCACAACCGACCUGUCUUGAGUCCUUGCUUCUAAAAUACAGCAAGUCUCUGCACUUCUCAUUGCUGUGGAAGAGGAUGUGGGAUGAUUGCAAAAUUACGGGACCCUCCAUACAGUAUGCGAAGCCUUUCUUUGGAAACGUCUUCAUUGCUGCGACUCAGGGACAUGACGAAGAUAGACUGGAACUGAUAGCUGGACAAGAAGGUGUGGAUGUGAACCGUGAGGAGAGCUGCGGCAUCUAUCCAACAGCAAUGAUCGCGACUCUUGACAUGAAGAAGAGUUACAGGGUCUCGGAACCUCUCCGUAAGCUUGGCGCAACUGAGAUAUCGGCCAGUCAGAUGCUCAACUUUACUCACCCUUUUCGGGCUUUGACCAGCGACAUUGUGAAAGAAAAUGUCGGCUUGACCAUUCAUAAUAGCUUUUGGGGCAACAUGAUCACACUCUGCGUUAACGUGCCGAUGGCCAUUCCCUUCCUCCUUCAACAAGGGGCCGACCCAAAUGAGGUUAUUCCAGGGAGCUUUUACGGCUCCGCACUUAUCGCAGCAUCAGCAUUGCUACGCGCAGAUGCCAUUCUGCACUUUCUUGAUUACGGAUGCAAUGUCAACGCCAUUGUAUCAGAUAGCCCUUUUGGGACACCACUGAUUGCCGUCUGUGCAGGCCCGUCACAUUAUCCAUUUCAGUGGAGCUUUCAUGAAGAGUAUAACCUCCAGGACCCGCCUGGUUGGUCUAUGGUGCAACAUGAUAUGCUGGAACUGUUGAUUGAUAAAGGUGCUGAUGUAAACGUCACUCAUAAUGAAUUUAGCCCACUUAUUGCUCUGGUCUUGUGUGACUGCGAGGAAGAGUAUAAGAUCAAGGGCUUGAGGUUGUUGCUUGAGAAGGGAGCUGACCCUAAUGUGACAUUGCCUCAGUGGGGAUACAACACAGUGAGUAUAUACCCUGUCCCUAGCCUGUUUGUUGCCUUCCGACAAAAUUGA